UCGCUGUUCGCCGCUGUCUUAAAAUGCUAUAUUUAGAAGAUUUCAAAUCCUGUCUCACCGGCAGUUACUACUGGAUCCUUUUGACUGGGGGAUCCAACAAUAUUUUCCUUUUCCCUUUAACUCAUCCAAUUUCAACUUUCGGCGCGUUCAAAGCAUAUUCAGCAAAUUGUCCUUUCAGACGCCGUUGCAAAUGAUACCGAUCUGCACCACGAUCUGCAUAGCCGCACUAGCAUAUAGAUAUUCAGUACGACCAUAACGUCAUAUGUGACACAGACAGCAACAGAUCUAGUUAACCUACGCUUUGCGGAUUGUGAUUUGUCGAGGAGGAGGGCUUUGCUUUUAUUUCUCCAGCAAUGCAGCUGAAGUUAUACCGCACUCAUGUCCUCUCUUUCCUAUAUCUCGCUGUGCAAAGUGGCAUUGCCUUGGCCACAUCAGACGAAGCUACCGUCGUAUCGACCGUAGUCAUCACAAGCUAUGCACCUCAGCCAACUCCAGCGCGUUCAUACACAUCAGAGACAUUGUUCGAAGAUACAGUCCUGAACGUGACGAAUCGAUACCGCGCGCAACACGAUGCCAGCGCUCUAACAUGGAAUAACUCGUUGACUGCCUAUGCGGAGAAUUGGGCGAAGAAAUGUCUAUGGAAACAUUCUCAUGGCCCCUAUGGCGAAAACCUCGCUGAGGGGUACCCAAACGCUUCUGCUUCCGUCGAAGCCUGGGGUGAUGAAGAGAAGUUAUACAACUACUCAGAUCCUGGCUACGCCGAAUCAACAGGCCACUUCACGCAGCUCGUCUGGAGGGCCUCGAGGACCGUUGGAUGUGCUCGAGUAAACUGCACAUCGGACACGGGCGGCGACGAUGGAAAGGCCAGCGGCUGGUUUGUUGUCUGCGAGUAUUACCCGGCUGGAAAUGUCGUGGGGGACGACAAUAAGUAUUUCAUAGAAAAUGUACUGCCGGUUGGAGGGGGUUCGAACUCGAGUAAUUCGACUGAUUCAGGACAUAAGAGCGGCGCGGUGGGAAGGGUACAGGGGAUCAAGGUGUCCGGUGUCUGGGCGGUAGAAAUCUCACUAGGGUUGGUCAUGAUGAGUUUGAAUGGGUUCAUUUGAUGAGACCAUGGUUUUACGCUCAUGCAUAUGACAUUCAUCGAUCACUGCCUUUGUCUCUUAGUUUGAAUGUCAAUAGCGUGCAUUUAUAGAUCAUCAAGAGAAAUCGAACUCAGUUUUGUUGA